AUGGUCACUCGUAAAAUUGACAAAGUGUUACUUAUGCCACCUAAUGGCAGCGUGAACCUUGUGUUCAAAAAACCAUACCAGUGGUGUAAAGUUGAAGUCGAUCAGAUGAAUCAUUCUCCAAUUAUGGCACAGACUCCAACCAUUUCGGUUUAUUUACUGUCUAGCCUCAGUAAAUUUGCCUACACGCAAACGAAACCUAAUGGGUACUAUUCUGGCCCUAAAAUACAUCAGCCAUUAAAUAAUGAAGACAUUAAGAAGAGGGGCACUAGUGGCAUCGACAUCGAUCUCCGACGCGUCGACAUCGACCAGUGUCCCUUACCACCGGGAUCAACGGCUCUUAACAUAUUCGCCAACUCCGACAAGUGCAAGAAGAGCACCACCAAGUGUGUGACCAUCCCCGGGUUGGGGUUCCGGCGAGGGAGCUACAAAUGUGAGUGUCGGAUGGGGUUCUACUUCCCGGACACUAACUCUCUCAACAAGUACUACAAUGGCUCUAUCAUCGAGGAGGAAUACGAGAAGAAAAUCAUGGGAGAGAUCACAGCGUACGACGAGGAAGGCAACUUCGAGUGUCUGGCCUGUGCUGAAGGCUGCGAGACUUGUGAAGAUGCUAGCCCCUGUGUAGUCACCCUGCACUGGGUGAUGCGCGCUGCCAUCCUCACACUGGCUGUCUUCAACAUCGCCAGCCUCCCCGUCAUCGUCGUCUUCACCUGGAAAUACAGCAACCUGAAGGUGAUCCGGGCAGCUAGUCCUGUCCUACUGUGCAUCAUUAUCCUCGGCGCUUGCUUCAUCUACUCUACGACCCUGGUGCUGUACCCCAUCCCAACGAUCGUCACGUGUAGCCUUAGGGUCUGGCUUAGAGAGAUCGGCUUCUCUCUCGCAUAUGGUGCUCUUAUGCUCAAAACAUGGAGGAUCUCUGUUAUCUUCCGGGUACGAUCUGCCAAGGCUGUCAAGAUCACUGACCUCGACCUGAUGAAGCGUCUGGGCAUCAUCGUGGGCGUUUUCUCUGUCUUCUUGGCGAUCCGCACGGUGGUGGCGCCUCCCCAUGUAAUAGUGUCGAUGACUGCGGACGACCUGAAGGCCUUCUUGUGUUCUACUGAUUGGUGGGACCACGUCUUUACUGCUAUGGAGAUGAUGUUCCUGGUCUGGGGGAUCCGACUCUGCAUCAUGGUGAGGAAGGCGCCCUCUGAAUUCAACGAGUCCAAGUACAUUUCACUGGCCAUCUACAACGAGUUCAUCCUCUCACUCUUCCUCAACGUCUCAAUGUGA